UUUUUGCAAUCAAUGUUAUGUUGGUUCACUUUUAUGUGGAAACGAAAACUCGCCCAUCUUGAGGCGUCCACAAGUUUACACCUCUUCUUGUGGCAGCCAUACCACAUGAUUCUUUCCCAAUUUCCAUUAUCCAAUCUCUCAAAAAACCAUGAACUCUUUCACCCCUUCACUCCUGGUAAGUCCUUCAAUCUUUCUUCUUUUCAAUUCCCCCAAUUCUAUAUGAUUUUUCACUCAAACCCACUUUAAUUCUCGCCUGGAAUUAGGUUUCUUGAAUCAGUAACGAGUUAAAGUUCAUAACUUUAUCGUUAAUUGAGGGGUUUCUUGGAUUCCUGAUAUGUGUUGAACAGUUAUUGGUUAAAAAGAUCAUUAAUUUAACUAAAAUUCCAUCUGGGUAUCAUGGAUACUUUGUUAAGAACUCAUAAUUCGUUCGAAUUUCUGCACCCAAUUAACAGAUUUGCAGGAAAUGUAAACACUUUGAGUCAGUCAAAGACUCAAGUUCAUGACCUUAGAUUUGGCUCUAAGAAAUCCCAAUUCAAAUUAGGGAAUAAAGAUUGUGUUAAAGCUAGUAGUAGUGCUCUUUUGGAGCUUGUGCCUGAAAUCAAGAAAGAAAAUCUUGAUUUUGAGCUUCCUAUGUAUGAUCCCUCAAGGGGGCUUGUGGUGGAUCUUGUGGUGGUUGGUGGUGGUCCUUCGGGCUUAGCCGUGGCUCAACAGGUGUCCGAGGCUGGGCUAACCGUGUGCUCGAUUGACCCAUCCCCGAAACUCAUUUGGCCCAACAAUUAUGGUGUUUGGGUUGAUGAGUUUGAAGCUAUGGAUUUAUUAGAUUGUUUGGAUACCACUUGGUCAAGUGCUGUUGUUUACAUUGAUGAAAAGUCAACCAAGAAUCUUAAUAGACCAUAUGCAAGGGUUAAUAGGAAACAACUUAAAACAAAGAUGUUACAAAAGUGUAUAGCAAAUGGGGUUAAGUUUCAUCAAGCAAAAGUGAUCAAAGUCAUUCACGAAGAAUCGAAAUCGUUGUUGAUAUGCAACGAUGGUGUCACGAUCCAAGCGACUUUGGUUCUUGACGCGACGGGUUUUUCAAGAUCUUUAGUUCAAUACGACAAGCCGUAUAACCCCGGGUACCAAGUGGCAUACGGGAUCCUUGCCGAAGUCGAGGAACACCCUUUCGACGUAGAUAAAAUGUUGUUCAUGGAUUGGAGAGAUUCACAUCUCAAAAACAAUCUCGAAAUAAAAGAAAGAAACUCAAAGAUCCCAACUUUCCUCUACGCCAUGCCAUUUUCGUCGACUAGAAUAUUUCUCGAAGAAACUUCACUCGUGGCUCGCCCAGGGUUAAAGUUUGAAGACAUCCAAGAAAGAAUGGUAUGCCGGUUGAAACAUUUGGGUAUAAAAGUUAAGAGCAUCGAAGAAGACGAGCGUUGUGUGAUCCCAAUGGGUGGGCCCCUACCCGUUCUCCCUCAAAGGGUUCUUGGAAUAGGGGGCACUGCGGGGAUGGUGCAUCCGUCCACCGGAUACAUGGUGGCAAGAACAUUAGCCGCAGCCCCAAUAGUUGCAAAGUCCAUAAUCCGGUAUCUUAAUAACGAAAAAGCUGCAUUCGGGGACGAUCUAUCGGCUGGGAUUUGGAGGGAAUUGUGGCCUAUUGAAAGGAGAAGACAAAGGGAGUUCUUUUGUUUUGGUAUGGAUAUCUUGCUAAAGCUUGAUUUGGAAGGAACUAGGAGGUUCUUUGAUGCGUUUUUCGACUUGGAACCGCGAUAUUGGCAUGGGUUUUUGUCGUCGAGAUUGUUUCUACCGGAGUUGGUGACGUUUGGGCUUUCGUUGUUUGCUCAUGCUAAUAACACUUGUAGGGUUGAAAUAAUGGCAAAAGGAACUCUCCCUUUGGCAACCAUGAUCGGUAAUUUAGUUCAAGAUCGAGAUUAAAUAUUAAUAUUAAUAUUUAUACAUUUAUACUUCUUGUAAUUUGGAUACUAUUAUUAUUGUUGUAUGUUUUCGGUUGAUUAGCCUGCAAUUGUCUCUUAUUUCGUAUUGGAAAUUAAAAAAAUUAUGAUAGUUGUGUCAAGGUUUAUUCAUUAUUGGCUAAUCGCAGUAAAAACAUGCUUUUAUA